AUGCAAGAAAAUGAUGCUAAAAUUGAAAGAAGUAAGAAAGAAAAACUUGAAUGGAUUGUGGAUACAAAAUUGUGGGCUCUACCUAACUCGUACACUAAACUUGCUCUGACAAAAUCUAUGAUUGCAUCACGACGAAUUAAAGAUGAAUCAUGCAAAACUGGUCCAUGA